UAAAAUGAAAAAUCAAUCAUUUACUUAAAAACGUAUAACAUGCAUUUUCUUGCAAUGCUUUCAUUUAAUUUCGCUCCUUUUAUUGAAUUUGACUCUGUAGAAUAACCAACCAAUCUUUAUGAAUAACCUAAUCGUCUAAAUAUAAAAUUCCAUUGGCCGUAUUAGGAUUAUACACCAAAAUUAUUCCAUUAAAAUCAUUUCAUCGUCGUUAUUAAAAAAAUAACGGCAUUUCAUGCCAAUUUUCUCAAUGGCUUUGUUUAUUCUGGUUUCGAUUACUGGCAAUAUAUUAUAUAUUAUUCAUAAUGGCAAUUACAUUACAUUUUUAUUGUCUAUGUCUUCAAGUGGCGCUACAAUUCAAAUGAGGUUCUAUCUUAAUUUAAUUAAAUUUGGAUUCCUUAAUAUUUAUUACUAACAAUAGAUGCUGUUUUGUUUUAUUUUUUUAAUAAACUGAUAUAAUAUAUACUUUCUGAAAUAUGUCUGGUGUGCAAAAAAUAUCUCUGAAUAAUUUAAAUAUCAAUAUAAAAAAUGCUUUGAUAGUCGGGAUAAUUAUUGCUAAAAAUAGUCCGAGAACUAUAAUUGGUGCAAAAAAGCAAAAUGGUGUUUUACGAGGCGUUAUGUCUUUUACCUUAAGAGAUUCAGAUGUGGACACUAUUAAUGUUGAUGUUUGGGGUUCAGAAUAUUUCGUAAUAACAUUUUAUGAGAGAUUUUUAGUGGGCGAUGUUGUAGAAAUAACAUCACCAAAGAUAUGUACUAAAGGAGGUGAAAAUGAAGCUUUUAGGCCACAGGUGACUUCUCCAUUUUAUUUGUCUCUAAAUGAGGGUACAUCCGACGUCAAUAUAUUUGGUGGAGAUACUUUUUCAUUUUAUUUACCUUUACUUCAUAUACCAACGAAGCCGUGUGCUGGUUAUUGUGGUUUGGCUGAAGUUUUAAAAUUUACCGAACAAACUGAGAACGUAUACGUUGAUCUACUAGUGGUGGUAAAAAGUAUUCAACCACCAAAAACUAUAAAAACAAAAAUGGGUACAGACAUGACAGUAAGAGCAGUAGAAAUAAUUGAUAAUACAACACCAGCCUCUGUUUUACUAGAUAUGUUCGAAAUUGAUACAAUACAAAGAGCGGAAGAUUGGCGCGUGCUAGAUAGCGUGCUAUUUAUAGCGGACGCACGCGUUUCUUGGCGUAGGUCACUUCGCGUACAGUGUUGUUCUCGUACAGUCGUCACGCACCAACCUCACACGCCUGAGGCUGAAGCGUUGAGACUGUAUAUCAGCAACCAAGCUAGUAAUGGUGGAGAAGCAGCAGCAUGGGCAGCUUGGAGUGGGGAAAGACCCUGUUCAGCGUCCGUAGCACAAAUACGGGAUAGACUAAUAGCAGGAACUCCCUUCUGUGCUACAGUUCAUGGCCUAUUAACGCAUCUUGAUUUGGAAGAACUUUUUGCAUCGACGAAUACUAAUAUAGAAGAUAUAAGAGUUAAAUUUACGGAUCAUACAGGGGAAAUCUCGGCUAGAUUGCCGAUAAACGUUGUCGGAGAUACUUUUGGAUAUACGGUCGAUCAAUUGAAAAACAUGUCGCAAGAUGACCGAGCCGCAAUUCGUUGGAGACUGCUUCUAGAACAAUGUAUCGCAAAGUUAGCAAUAACACCUCCUCGAGUGAUGGUACUCAGUUUAAGACGGGCUUCACCAGCUGAUCCUAUUCCAUUGUAUUAAUUAUUCUAAUACUUAGUAGUAACUAGUAAGAAAUUGUAACGAUGAAAAUUGUUUUAAUUUUUAAUAAAUGUAUUGUUAAAA